GCCUGAUCCACUUUCUAGCAGGAGUACGAUCAUGGAGGUGGUGCCGGCUGAGGUGAAUAGUUUGCUUCCAGAGGAGAUAAUGGACACUGGUAUAACUUUAGUGGAGGAGGAUAGUAUUGAGGCUGUUAUUGUUUCAUCCCCAAUCCCCAUGGAGACAGAACUGGAAGAAAUUGUCAACAUAAAUUCAACCGGUGACUCUACAGCCACGUCCAUUUCCACGGAACCAAUUACAGUGUACAGUAACCACUCUAACCAAGUUGCUGUGAACACCACAAUCACUAAAGCAGAUUCUAAUACCACAGUGAAACCAGCUUUUCCAAGUGGCCUUCAGAAACUGGGUGCUCAGACUCCUGUGACGAUAUCUGCCAAUCAGAUUAUUUUAAACAAAGUAUCACAGACAUCUGAUCUUAAACUUGGCAAUCAAACCCUUAAGCCAGAUGGACAGAAGUUAAUUUUAACAACUUUGGGCAAGUCUGGUUCACCCAUCGUUUUAACACUACCCCAUAGCCAACUUCCCCAGGCUCAGAAAGUGACAACUCAGGCCCAGUCAGGAGAUGCUAAGAUCCCACCGCAGCAAAUUAAAGUAGUUACCAUUGGAGGGAGGCCAGAGGUGAAACCUGUCAUUGGUGUCUCAGCAUUGACCCCAGGAAAUCAACUGAUUAAUACUACAACUCAGCCCUCUGUGUUACAGACCCAACAGUUAAAAACAGUACAGAUUGCUAAGAAGCCUCGAACACCAACGUCUGGGCCAGUGAUCACGAAGCUGAUCUUUGCAAAACCAAUUACUAGUAAAGCAGUUACAGGACAGACAACUCAAGUGUCACCACCAGUCAUUGCAGGUAGGGUUCUUUCCCAGUCUACUCCCGGGACCCCAUCCAAGACCAUCACAAUCUCUGAAAGCGGUGUUAUCGGAUCAACUUUAAAUUCUACAACACAGACACCAAAUAAAAUAGCCAUCUCACCUUUGAAAUCACCAAAUAAGGCAGUGAAAUCCGCUGUCCAGACCAUCACUGUUGGAGGCGUGAGCACGUCACAGUUUAAGACAAUUAUUCCUCUGGCAACUGCUCCCAAUGUUCAGCAGAUUCAAGUGCCUGGAAGCAAGUUUCAUUAUGUCCGACUUGUUACUGCCACCACAGCCAGUAGUUCAACCCAGCCAGUUAGUCAGAAUCCCAGUACAAACACGCAGCCUCUUCAGCAAGAAGCAAAGCCCGUGGUGGUCAGUGCGGCCCCGGUACGGAUGUCAGUGCCCAUUGUCUCAGCGCAGACCGUCAAACAGGUGGUUCCAAAACCAAUCAACCCAACUUCACAGAUUGUCACUACCAGUCAGCCCCAGCAGAGGCUCAUCAUGCCUGCUACACCACUGCCACAGAUCCAGCCAAACCUCACCAACCUGCCACCCGGCACUGUCCUGGCUCCUGCUCCAGGGACAGGCAAUGUGGGCUACGCGGUGCUUCCUGCGCAGUAUGUCACUCAGCUACAGCAGUCUUCAUAUGUGUCUAUAGCAAGCAACUCUAACUUUACUGGAACACCUGGUAUUCAGACCCAGGCAAGGCUUCCAUUUAAUGGCAUAAUCCCCUCAGAAUCUACCAGCCGACCGAGAAAGCCCUGUAAUUGUACAAAAUCACUCUGUUUGAAAUUAUAUUGUGACUGCUUUGCAAACGGUGAAUUUUGUAACAAUUGCAAUUGUACAAAUUGUUAUAACAAUUUGGAACAUGAAAAUGAAAGGCAGAAAGCAAUAAAGGCAUGCCUUGACAGGAAUCCAGAAGCAUUUAAGCCUAAAAUAGGGAAAGGAAAAGAAGGAGAAUCAGAUCGACGUCAUAGCAAAGGAUGUAAUUGCAAACGAUCAGGCUGUCUUAAAAACUACUGUGAAUGCUACGAGGCAAAAAUAAUGUGUUCCUCAAUAUGCAAAUGCAUCGGCUGUAAGAACUUUGAAGAAAGUCCGGAAAGAAAGACAUUGAUGCACUUGGCAGACGCAGCUGAAGUGAGGGUACAGCAGCAGACAGCAGCAAAGACUAAGUUAUCCUCCCAAAUUUCGGACUUGCUUACGAGGCCAACACCAACUUUGAAUAGUGGAGGAGGAAAAUUGCCGUUUACAUUCGUAACUAAGGAAGUUGCCGAAGCCACCUGUAAUUGCCUUCUUGCCCAGGCCGAGCAGGCAGACAAGAAGGGGAAAUCAAAAGCAGCAGCUGAGCGGAUGAUAAUUGAGGAAUUUGGCCGGUGUUUGAUGAGCGUUAUCAACUCUGCAGGAAAAGCAAAAAGUGGCCCUUGUGCCAUGAAUUGCUGACUCUUGGAAGGAAGACCAAUAGAGGAAGUGGAACGGAGGAGUUAAGGCGGCACAGACAACUGAUAGAUGGAGCCUAACAGAGGAGUUAAGAUGGCACAGAAGGCUGAUAGAAGGAGGAGCUUAACAGAGGAGUUAAGGUGGCAUAGAAGAUUGAUAAAUGGAGCUGAACCGAGAAAGAGAAGUUAAAGUGCGGGGACACUGGAUCUGCUGGGAGACAGUGUAGCAAUUACUGCACUGUUAAUUCUAUCCUGUGAGACCUGAAAUGAUAACAAAGAAAAAAGAUAUUUUAAUGAGGGGAUCAGUCCAUCUAAAGUCAUAGUUAGAUCUGCUUACGCCCCUUCUAAAUGGAAAUUUUUGUGUGUGUUACAGAUUUCUAAUUUGCUUGGGUUUCUUAAGAAUUAGAUGUCCUACCUUUAUGAUUCUAUUCACAAAGAAUAUUUAUAAAUUGCUAUAAUAUUAUUUAUAAUGUAUGGUGUUGUAUGACUUUGUUCUAGUAGAAGAAGUCAAAGAAGCGUUGAUUUUACUUAUUCUUUGGAAUUCAACCUAGAAUGCAAGCAGGUAGAAUAUCUACACAUAAUACUUGCGAAACAUACUGAAAUGAUAAGUUUCAAAAAAUAUUCUUAAAGAAAAAAACAACUGGGGUUGAUUCUGGAAUAAUAACCCUUUGUCACUUUGGAAAUAUCUGGAGGCAAAAUAAUGUAUGAGCACACCUGAUGUUUUAAGGGGCUGGAGUGGUGGCGCAAGCGGUAGGGCGUUUGCCUUGCAUGCGCUGACCUAGGACGGACCAAGGCUCCAUCUCC